CUAAGAACAACAAGGAUUUAUGUUUCCAGGACAAUGAUGUCACAUGGUUUUUGAGGUUUACGAAAAUGUGGGCUUCUGAAAACUCUUGAGCGGAUCGUCUGAUAAGACGAUAAACCACAGCUUUGCCUGCGAAUACCCUCACAUUUACCGACAUCUUUACCAAUUGACAAAGUCCAACACUCAAAUUUGUCAUUACCACUCGUAACAUAAUGCCCGCCGAUUUCGAUAAACAGAGCUACUGGAGCGAACGGUUUGCCUCCGAGACCAACUUUGAGUGGCUCACACCGUCGGCGACCCUGAUGUCGAUCGCGGAUCCCUACCUCGCCAAUCUGGACGAUUCGGCGCGCAUCCUGCAGCUGGGAUUCGGAACGAGCGACCUGCAGAACCAUAUCCGGCAACGAGGGUUCACAAAUAUCACCAACGUCGAUUUCGAGCCACUGGCGGUCGAACACGGGCGGGUUCUGGAAAAGCAAGUAUUUGGUGAUGUCAAGAUGCGCUACCUCGUAGCGGACGUGACUCAGCUCCACCUGGCUGACAAGUUUGACCUGAUUAUCGACAAGAGCACGGUGGAUGCGGUAUCUUGCGGCGGCGUGCAAGCAUUUUUAAAAAUGGCCGAGGGCGUGAGGCGGCAUCUGACCCUCGAUGGCUUUUGGAUUUCGCUGAGUUAUUCGUUCUGUCGGUUCGACGUCGAGAACCUACCAUUCGAAGUUGAAGUGGUUGCAAAGAUCCCAACGCCUAAGCUGAAGCCCAAUGAUCCGGAUGUUUACCACUGGUGCUACCUGUUAAGGCCGAGGGGAUGGCAAUAAGGCGUGUGUUGCAAGAUGCAACAUCACACUUGGGACGAUCCGCGCUGUUUCAACCAUUGAUACCCUUGCAUAACUGAUUAUGAGGCACCGGGGAAUUUGUC